AUGGGCAUUCUUGGUUUUGCUCCUAUCCAUCUUCAUGAACGCAUCAAUGACAAGGUGCUCCAUUUUGGUACCUUUUGUAUCCUAAGUGUGUUUCUGUAUUAUCUUUGGAAUCUCUCAUUUCGACGAAACCUUAUCUUGACAACUAUUAUUCUUUUUGCUUUGACUAUUGGCAGCGAAUUCAUUCAAGGACUGUUACCGUAUCGCUCAUUUGAUUGGUAUGAUAUUUUGGCCAAUAUAUUAGGUAGUUUCUGCGGCUUAAUGCUUGCGUUUUUGAUGGAUUAUCUGUGGACAGCGAGGAAGGCACAACUAGGCAGGUCAGGAGGCAAACAGAUCGCACUGGAACAGCAAGCUUUGAUGAUGGACGAUUUGGAUGAUGAAGAUCUACAUAGAAUGGUUUGA